AGCUUUCGUGUUCGUGUGAUUUUCGUCCGUGGUUUCUUUAUACUACAUGUUUUCAAUAGCCGUCAUUUUUGAGUGGUGUGUGCAAAAUCGUCUCCCGUUAUUAUCGGUUUGUUUGCGACGGCGAAAAAGCGUGUAAGAAAGUUAAAAAAUCAACUACUCGCUAUACCCAACGAAUCGCUGUGCUUGUAAAGUAAAAAGGACCGUGUCCGUGCGCGUAGUUCGUCGAAGCAAGUGUUGCGAGCGAAAAGAAAAAAAAUCGCCUUGGGUUCCUUCUGUGUGUGCGGUUUGUGUCGUCGUUCUCGUCCGUCUCGCGCGGCCAAAAGAAAACCAGAACGUCGAGAGUGAAAAAAAGAAGUCGAACGGACCCCCAUUGUGAGUUCGUUGUGCUAAUUCCCUGUACCUUGGUUAGACCACGGUAGCGUGUCGAAAAACAUUUAUCGUGUCCGGGCAGGUGGCACAUAGUGGGUCGUGGAACAUUUCAUGCGUGGACAGGAUCGGGUGACGGUCUUUUAAAGGGUUUUAUAGUGUCCGAACGCAGGCACUCCACCCUGCUCGUCUGCCUGUUCCAAUCAGAAUAGGGACACCCGACGGCAAGACAACGAGGCUGCGAGCCCUCGAUCCCAUUCUUUAGAUUGAACCCGCCGUGGUCCUGGUUAGGAAGGGAACCGUGCGGCGGACUUGUAACCAGUUUUUUGAGCGCAAGGAAGACUCCAGUGGGGUUGCUGUUUACUCGGUGAAAGGGCGUUUUGAGAAGCGUAGCUGGCAGUCUAGGUCGGUUGGAUCAGGAGCAGCGAGGCCGGCCAGCUUGCCACUCGUUUGCGGACAAGCCAGUUACAUCAACCGUUCACAAUUGAACAAAUCCAACCAACAAUAAACCAAUAAAAAAAAAAGUAUUGAAAUUCUUUGCAAUAAAAAGUUUAUAAACCCGAGCAAAAAAAAAAAAAACUAAAGACUUCAACUAUGACUGAUUCAAUGAAAUUCGGACCCGAAUGGCUACGUAAUAUGUCAAGUGAUAAUUCCGGUGGUAGUGGCACAGGCUCAACAUUAAGUUCAGGCAAUAGUGGAGGUCCUGGUAGCGGUAAUAACAGUAACAAUUCAACAAAUAUAUCAACAUCAGGCAGUAAUACCACAACGUUUGGUGGUACAAAUCUUGCAUCGCUUGCGCCACGCUUUCAACAAGCCGAAUUUCGUUAUGGUCGCGAAGAGAUGCUAUCAUUAUGUCAAAAAGAUAUGAAGUUACCGGAGAUAUUGCCCAGUUUUAAAAAGUUAUUUGUUGAAAAGGAACAACUACCAUUGGCUCUGUCGCCCAGUACAGAAGAUGAGAAUAUGUUUUCCUUCACACCCCGCUCAUCAUGGUCGCUACGAAGUCCUGUUAGUUUAGCACCGCCAACGCGUAUGGGACGUGGUGGAUCAGUGGAUCGGGGGCGUGGACGACCACGUAUAUCUGGAUCUCUGGGCUUUUCUAUACGACCGCCGUGCGAUGAGAUUGGUCUACGAAUCGGUGGACGGGGUGUAGAUCGUGUAUGGCCCGAAAGAAACGGAGGAAAUGAUAUAGGCAGUGUACCAGGCGAUUGGAACGGUUCUCCAUCGUCCAGUCCACGGAAAGAGUACAAUACACACGGUCGAAGCUCAACAAUGGAGAACUGGCGAAGAAAUCGGAUUGAUGAUGAUACUGGUGAGGGCUGGCGGUCAUCAACAAACAAUUCUGGUACUGGCUCGUCGUACAGGUGGUCACGUUCAACUAGCUGGCGAGAUGAGGACUCCACCAAUCCGUUCGUUAGUAGCGGCGGAGGUAGUUCUGGCGGUGGUGGUGGCAUGGCACCAGUAACUCGCUCAUUUAGUAGUUCAGCAAGUGUAGGUCAUAGUUCUGCUGGCGGUGGAGUUCUAGAGAGGAUGAACAGCCUCACUUCGAACGGCGGCGGUUACAAACCACCGUCUCAAACAAAUAAUUCACAUGAUCCCUCCAGUUCGAAUAGUAGUAGUGGAGUUGGAGGUGCUGCAGUAUCCCGAUCCGAUGGAAAUAACGCCAGCAAUGGAAGCAGUAACACCGUUGGGUCGCAAGCAACAAGGGGAAAUGCAAUAUGGGACCAAGAAGACAUACCUGAAUGGGCCAUGGAAAACACCGCCGAGGGAGGCGGCAGUUUUGAUGCGACUGGCGCCUUUCAUGUACCGAACGAUGACGAAGAUGAGGGCGGCGGAAAUUCUAAUGAUCGUCAUCAGAUCUAUAAAUCAGCCGUGGAACCUUCUCCUCCAUCGGAAACAAGUCGGACUCAAGCUGCACCAUUAAAUGGGCAAAAAGCAUCCUCAUUAGCAUCGAAAAAUGCAUCGGAAUCAAAAUCGGAAACUGAAAGGCGAAUAUCUGAAUCACGAACCAUUGAAACUGAGGAACCAGUGAGUUCCAACCCGUUUGCGGCACUUAUAAAAAAGAAUAGCAAUCCCAAAACAUCAGAUUCGUCUAUCAAUCAAAAGCCGUCUCAAAUAGAAACUACCGAUAUGUCUAAUCCAGCGAUUCCGAUGGCAUCCACACAAAACCAGCCCGAUCAAAUCCAACAGCAGCAGCUUCAGGAUCAUCAACAAACUGCAUCCUCAAUAGCAAAUAGCAAUGCCGCGCAAGCUAUGUCGGCAAUCUUUAAAUCUAUCACCGACCAAUCGACUAACAAAAACACUAGCGCCGAACUAGCUGACAGAAUGCAAGAAGUAGCUGAUGAUAUGGUGGAGAAACUAAUCAUGGAUGACGAGAUGACGUCUACAGCUUCACCGGGCGAAACUACAUCCACCGCCGCUCAAGUUCCUCUAAUGAAAUCCACAGUGACUUCAAGCUCACCAACUGGACCUGUUGGACUUCAGCGCCCCAUUCAGGUUCAUGGUCAUCCAAUGAUGGUACCACAGCCGCAACCGACACCCAGCAAUGAGCUCUGGUAUUAUCGCGACCCGCAAAAUAAAAUCCAAGGACCAUUUACGGGGGCCGAAAUGGCCGAAUGGUAUCGUUCGGAUUAUUUCGAUGAAAGCCUAUAUGUACGACGUGUGUGUGAUUCUCGUUUCGCUACCUUAGGUGAGCUCGUUAAGAUGUGUGGUAACUCAAUGCCAUUCCUAUCUUCGCAUUUAAUACCUCCACUGCAAAUUGCACCUGUUAUGCCGCUAGGCAAUCAGCCGGCCAACGUGGUUCCUCCUGGUCCACCAUCUGUAAAUGUUAAUCAAACAAAGCCUAUAAAUCUUGUCAAUCCGAUGUUGAAUACAAGCGAUAUGGCCGCAUCAUUAAAUCUGCAUUUGCAGUAUCUUCAAAAGGAGUACCUGAUACGGCAGCACAGUCUGAUCCUUAGCAAAUUAUCAACUUCGGAGCAGUUUGCUCUGAUGAGUCCGGAACGGCAACAGCAAAUCAUCCAGCAACAGAUGACGCAAGUCUCUCUCCCAGAUAAUAUUGUAAGCCUGCCAGCGUUUAUAAAUUCCUACUACGGGGGUGCGAACCCAUCAACAUUUCCAAUGCAACAGAUGAUGCCUGGUAGUAGCAAUAAUGGCAGCGCUCCCCCGAAGACUGAUUUGAGCCAGGUUAAAAUGCCUGGAGGGCACAAUCCCUUCGCAGCUGCCAGUGGAGCUCGUGCUGAUUUCUCACUCAUUCCACAGCUCCACAAUUUAAUGCAAGGGGCGAAUACGGCACAACCACCAAUGGCUCCGACACCACAACACCAAAAUUCUGUGAAUGCAGAUGAUCCAAUUAAGGCACUAUUAAGACAACUUCAGGCACCGAAAGGAGCGAUGCCUUUGAACGUGGGAAGUGUAUUUUCGCAAAAUGUGAUUCCGGGUCUACAGCAAAUGCCAUGGCCGACAAGUAGUGGCAAUAAUUCCGCAGGUCCUGUGAGCAUGUGGGACUUCGAUCCAGUGGCAGCCAAUGUUCAUGCAGGUAUUAAGCCGGAAAUGAAAACCGAACAGCAAAUUCUUGAGGAGCAGCGGCAGCAGCAGCAACAACAACAGCAGCCACCGCCUUUGCUACCAGAAAAACAACAAAACGACGGCAAGAAAUUCAGUGUAGAUGCACCAUCUAUACCGAACAAAACCGCACUACAACCGCCUUCACAGCAAAAAGCAGUGUCGCAAACUCAGCAAAGGGAGCAGUCUCAGCCUCCCUCCCAACCCCAGCAGUCUCAGCCACCACCUCAACAGCAACAACAGCGUGCAUCUAAGAAAUCGGAAGACAAGCCCAAAUCGGUCACAUCAUCUGACGACACAUCAAAAACGAAUAAUAAAUCUGACGAAACGUUGAAAAAAUCGAAUAAAAGCAACAAAUCGGAGAAGAAGGACUCAUCGAAAUCGCAGAAGCAACAAAACGAAGAGGAUCGCAAACGUGAAGCAGCCGAAGAACGUAAGAAGCAGAAGGAGGAGAAGAAAAAACAACAAAUGGAAGAGGAACGCAAACGGCAACAGCAACUACAGGAAGAAGAAAAACGCCGCCAAAUGCUCGAAGAGAAGAAGCGACAGGAAGAAAUCGAUCGACAUCGUCGCGCCAAAAUGCUUGAGAAUGCCCCACAAAAGCUACAGAAGUCUGCCAAUAACGCAACCGAUUCACUAUCAUCCACUCGAUCGUCAGUUGCCCCCUGGUCUAAUUCUGGAUUGCCAGGCAUUGCAACUCCUGCUGCUAGUCUAGCGGAAAUCCAAAAGGCCGAACGGGAACGUCGCUACGAAGAACGCUUAGAACUUAUGAAUCAACGAAAAAUCCAACAAAUGGAAAUGCUCUCCAAGGUGGAAACACCGCUAACAUGGAAUGCACCCUCUAUCAGUGUUAAAUCUCUUGCCGAAAUCCAAGCGGAAGAGCACAAACAACAACUUGCUUUCGAACAAGCUGUGGCAGCGGCUGAACAACGAAGAAAAAAGGACGAUCAUCUAACUAGUUCACAGUCGUCAUCAUCAUUUUAUGGUGGCCAGACCGGUACGAUUUCCAAUGUACCAAGUGGUAGUGGUGUUUCUGCUCAGAGCUCUACAUCAGUCGGCUCAAUUUGGUCUUCGUGGAAUGGCAAACCAGCGUGGUCGACCACUAGUAGUGCCGGUUUCUGGGAGGAACCAGCAAAAAUACCCACUAGUAUGACUGGCAGUGGUUCAUCGUCGUUAGUAAAUGCUUCUGGAGGUGCAUCUAAACAAAACAGUUCCAACUCACUCGCUCCUAGUGGGAAUAGCACUGGUGGCGGUAAUCGCAUACUUAGUAAAAGUCAGACUUUUUCCAAUAUUCAAACGUCUGCUAAAAAUAAUCAACAAAGUGCUGCCAGUAAUUUGCAUUCCGCCACUAGUGGGGACAGUAGGAGUUCAAGUAAUGUUACGCAAGGAUCCGGUGUUAAAUCGGGUGCUGGUAAAGUUGUAGCGAAUAAGGCCGGCGGUAGCGGUAAAGGUGGAUCGGCAUCAAAUGUUUCAUCGGGUACUGGACAGAAUAGUGCUGGUGGCGGUGGAAAUAAUAAGAAGGACGACGCCCGAAAUGAGUUCACUAGUUGGUGUAUUAAGGCAUUGUCCUCGAUGAAAAGCACCGUUGAUGUUCCAACUUUCAUACAAUUCUUGCAAGAUAUCGAGUCUCCAUAUGAAGUGAAGGAUUAUAUUCGAAUAUAUUUAGGGGAAACAAAGGAAUGUACUGAGUUUGCUAAGCAAUUUUUAGAGCGUCGUAGUAAAUAUAAAAAUCAACAACGUGCACAAAAUGCUCAUAUCGAUGAUAUGUGCUCACCAGCGCCAGCAAUUAAUCCGUCAUCAAAUGAUUUUCAGGAAGUUAAGGGUAAAGGCAAGAAGGUGAAAAAGAACAAAAUGACAAAGUUGGACGCUCGAAUCUUAGGCUUCUCCGUAACGGCCGCCCAAGAUCGAAUCAAUGUUGGCGAUCGGGACUAUGGUGAUGCUGCAUAGGUUCAUUAUCUGCGCAAGACAAAAAUUGUUGCUGCUACUUCAAAAGAAAUAAUGGAAAACAAAGCCACGUUUAUGUUGUAAAACACUUAAUCCGUAAAUACUUUUUUCUCUGACUUGUCGUUGGCGUAAUUAUUUUUUUUUGUUUGUUUUUGUUUGCUUUUGUUUAAAUUCAAUUCCGAAUGAGAAAAGUACUUUUGCAAUUGAUUUUUUUCUGGCGGGAGAUUUUUUUUUAUUGAAUAUCAUCUAGUCCACCUUUAAUACGGAAACUGCUGAGAAGAACACAAGAGAUAUAAUAAUCAUGAAAUUCAUUUAUGUGUUAUGGGUUUCAUUGUCAUCGCACUAAAUUCUUUGUGUGAGCGAAUGUAAUCAUCGAGUUUUCAACUAUACCAUAUACAAUUCAAUCUAUUUUUUAUUAGAAUAAAUGAAUUCACAUGAAAUUUUGGAUUACAUUUAGUUUAUUGUUUCCCUCUGUUUUGUGUAGGGCUCCCAAAGCUUGGUUUUGUUUUAUAUUCCCACUUGAUGGAUAUUGAUUUGUCGUUAAUUCAUGCUCGUUUGCCAUAUAUACAUGUUUAGGUUUUUCGAAAAUAAAUUACAAUAGCCUGUAAUUAGUUUUUAGAGUAACUUUGAAGAAAAUACAUAGUUUCAAAUACCCCAGGAGCGACGACAGCGAAGAGUGAUCAUUUGUUUUCUUCUGUUUUAUAACAAAUGUCGAUAUAUAUGUAUUUAUCAUGCCUUUGUACUAUAUACUUCCGUUACUUUCUCGUUUUUAUUUCAGUUUCCGGAUUUUUCUGUUUGUUUUUAAUAUUCUUUGAAAGAAACGUAUUUCGAAACUGAUUUUAUACACAUAAAUAUAUGAAUGUAUCAUGAUUUUUAUAAGUAAACAGAGAGAGAAAGAUUUAAGAACCCUAUUUUACAAUCAAAUUGUAUAUUGUAAAUAGAUCGUAGUAAGCUAUAUUAUAGUGUACGGCAUGUAAUUAUAAGUAAAAAAAACAAGAAACUACUUGAUGAUGUAUGAUCACAUAAUUCUCAUUAAGACAAAGUGCGCAGUUAGGAGGGAAAAAGCAACAAAAAACUGGUAAUAAUAGACUUGUAUCGUUUUGCAGGUUUUUCAACUCGUUAAUUUCCUUUAUUUUUAAAUGCUGGCAUGUCCUUUUUUAUCUAGUUUUCUCCUAGGUGUACAGUGUGCGGAAGAGAAAAUUCAGAACAGAUGAACGCUGGAAACUCUUAUAUUUAUAGAAAAAACAAAAAAAUAUAUAUAAACCAGAUGACAUGAUUUUUGAAUAUUAUUUAUUACGAAGAUUAGAAGAAAGAUCGUUUUUAUUUUUUAAACAUUAUUCGAACAGUCGAAAAAUUAAAUGAGAUAUUGAGAACACCGCAUCGACUAUUUAUUGGAGUUGCUCUAAUUUUUAUUAUAAUGAAAAUAUUUCUUAUUGUUACAAUCAAAUGUGCCUAAAUAUCACUAAUAAAAUAUUGAAAAGAA